UUCCGAUUUCCGAAUUCCGACUAUGUGAUUGCUAUUAUGAAUGACUAUUAAAUCGAUUAGACAAACAAAUGAAUCCCGUGGAGAAGAAAGCCGCCGCCAAUCCGUGGAAGGAAGGGGAACACGCUUCCCCGGCUUGGGGUGCCCUACUCUUCGGCUUGAUAGGCGCCACCAUCACCACGGCCGCGGUCUAUCAACUCCGCAGGAGUGUUAGCUGGAUCUACACUGAGCUGAAUAGGUCAGAUCCCCAGUCAACUUGGCGAAAUUCAAGAGCUGGUUCUAGUAGAAGAUUCCAAGAAGAAGCUUGGAGAAGAUAUAACCGCCGGAUGAAUGAGGAGCAUAAGGAGGAAAGGGAGAGAGUAGAACGCAUCAGACGGAUGCAAAGAAUAUUCAAUCGAGAGAGAAAAUUAUAUAAGAGAAGCUAUGAAAACUGGAGGGACUAUGGUCCUGGUGCAUAUCAACAUUUCCAACAAGAUGAUUGGUACUGGAAUUCAGAUGCAUCUUAUGGAGAUCAAAGGACGAAUUUCAGAUCCUACCCUUGGGAAACUGAACAUUAUACCAUGUCGCAUCAUUAUUCUAUCUUGGGUCUUGACAGUUUAAGGGCAACACCAUAUACAGAUGCUGAAAUAAAGACAGCUUUCAGGGCAAAAGCAAUGAAGUAUCACCCAGAUCAGAAUCCAGAUAAUAAAGAGGCUGCAGAGGCUAAAUUUAAAGAAGUGAUGGUAUCUUAUGAAGCUAUAAAGCUAGAAAGGAAAAUUGGGAAUUGUUGAUCUCAAUGACAUUAAAUGUUGAUAAUGAUCCAUGCUUUGAGGAAAAUGACCAUGUUUGAUAUUUGCCAUAAUAUUGAAAUCAAAAUCUUUUUUUAGCUGUUU